AUGACAUCAGUUAAUGGUGAGCUGAGAAACUUGCUAUCUAAAAUCAAGUUCACGACCAAGUUUUCCAACUUAUCGCUCUCGGCAAACACUGAAAAAGACGGAAGCACGGAAAACGAUACGUUAAUCCACAAUGCAUUUGUGAAGUACUUUGAGGCUCGGGGUGAAAGGUUUCCAGAUUGGCUAGGAGAGACCAGAAUACAGAAUAGCAGCCAGCUGGCUGCUCAGAGAGGAAACGGCUACCAAGCUAAUAACAAUUACUCCAACUCACAGUAUCAACCUGUGUACAAUAGCAGAAACAGUGGACAACAGCAACAACAACAACAACAACAACAGCACCAACACCAAUACCAACAACAACAACAACAACAACAACAACAUUUCCAACAGCAACAACAACCAAACCAGUACCAAGAACAGCAGCUGCCACCCCAACAAUCAUCUUACACCCCAAGAUCAUCCUCCAGACUUCAGGACAUGUACAAUAAGUCUAGACAUCAGUCCAUCCCAGGUUCCGGAUACAACUCCCAACCUUCUACUCAGAGUAGGCCAACUUUAGGAAGAACCAAUACCGGUGGCCGGUUACGUGAAAAGAUGUUAAAUUCUAAUUAUCAGCCCUCGUCUCCUUCAGGCAGCAGGCCCACUUCUGGCUCUGGUACUAAUUCAGCAGGUUCUGGAUCGACGAGAGCAACUUGGGGAAGCAGAUAG